AUGACUUUUGGCUUGAAAAAUUUGCUCCAGAUCUAUCAACGUAUGAUUGAUAACGCGCUAUAUGGAUUCACCCGGGUCCCGAAGUCUGAAGAUCACGGAAGUCGAUCCAGGCAAACCUUCGGUGCUGGAUCAUACAUCGAUGACAUCCUGAUCCCCGCCGAUAACUGGGAUCAACUAUGUGACCGAGUCGAGGGGUUACUCGAAGCAUGUGAUAAGUGGAAUCUGUCGAUCAGUGUGGUUAAAAGUUUCUGGGGGAUGCCUAAGGUGGAGUACCUUAAACAAUAA